AUGUGUGAAGUGUCUCUCUGGGAACAAGGAAUGUGUGAAGUGUCUCUCUGGGAACAAGGAAUGUGUGAAGUGUCUCUCUGGGAACAAGGAAUGUGUGAAGUGUCUCUCUGGGAACAAGGAAUGUGUGAAGUGUCUCUCUGGGAACAAGGAAUGUGUGAAGUGUCUCUCUGGGAACAAGGAAUGUGUGAAGUGUCUCUCUGGGAACAAGGAAUGUGUGAAGUGUCUCUCUGGGAACAAGGAAUGUGUGAAGUGUCUCUCUGGGAACAAGGAAUGUGUGAAGUGUCUCUCUGGGAACAAGGAAUGUGUGAAGUGUCUCUCUGGGAACAAGGAAUGUGUGAAGUGUCUCUCUGGGAACAAGGAAUGUGUGAAGUGUCUCUCUGGGAACAAGGAAUGUGUGAAGUGUCUCUCUGGGAACAAGGAAUGUGUGAAGUGUCUCUCUGGGAACAAGGAAUGUGUGAAGUGUCUCUCUGGGAACAAGGAAUGUGUGAAGUGUCUCUCUGGGAACAAGGAAUGUGUGAAGUGUCUCUCUGGGAACAAGGAAUGUGUGAAGUGUCUCUCUGGGAACAAGGAAUAAGCGAGUUUUCCCUUGAGGACCAAGGAAUGUGUGAAGUGUCUCUCUGGGAACAAGGGAUAAGCGAGUUUUCCCUUGAGGACCAAGGAAUAUGUGAAGUGUCUCCCUGGGAACAACGGAUAAGCGAGUUUUCCCUUGAGGAACAAGGAAUGUGUGAAGUGUCUCUCUGGGAACAAGGAAUAAGCGAGUUUUCCCUUGAGGACCAAGGAAUGUGUGAAGUGUCUCUCUGGGAACAAGGGAUAAGCGAGUUUUCCCUUGAGGACCAAGGAAUAUGUGAAGUGUCUCUCUGGGAACAACGGAUAAGCGAGUUUUCCCUUGAGGACCAAGGAAUGUGUGAAGUGUCUCUCUGGGAACAACGGAUAAGCGAGUUUUUCCUUGAGGACCAAGGAAUGUGUGAAGUGUCUCUCUGGGAACAAUGA